UUGGAGCAUACCAGAAAAACAGAGUCUCCGGAGGCGCCGGUUUAGGGUGUUGGGGCUCCCAUAAUUCAUCGUCGCAUAUAUAUAUGAAACUACAGCUCGGAUUCUAAAUUUGUCUUUUGGUGAUUCCUUGCAGAUAAAAAAUAAUCCAGGAGAACAUUUUCCCCCCAUAGUUUUCUCUCCUCGGAGAGUUCGCUACCUGUGCUUCCAUUGCCGGCACUACAUGGCGGUUCUUCCUCCUGCUCAAACCUGAGGCCAUAUACCGUAUUCUGUUUCAGAUUCUUCCCCUGUUUUUGGAUCUACGGGGACCAUAGCUUACAAUUUGCCAACUCCAUGCCCGUAGAUGCAAUUCCAUGCCUUGCGUAUGAAUGACGAUCGGGCUUAGCAAUGGACGACAGCGGAGGCUCUAAAUUGAGCAGAAUUGGGCAGAUUGUGCGACUAAAGGAGAUGAUUCAGAAGUGGCAAUCUGUCACCCUGAGUUCAAAAGUGAACUGUCAACCUGCUGACUUGAAUCACGGGGGCAUAGCACCAAUGAUUAACAGAAGGCUGAGGAGCGUCAUGUACUGUGACUCGGAUGAAGAAAGCUGCCAGAGCCCUGAGCCGCCACCUGAUGUUCCCAAAGGGUAUUUGGCAGUCUAUGUCGGGCCAGAGCUUCGGAGGUUCAUCAUUCCCACCAGCUAUCUUAGUCACUCUCUAUUCAAAGUGUUGCUGGAAAAGGCUGCCGACGAAUUCGGGUUUGAGCAAAGUGGCGGGCUCACUAUCCCAUGUGAGAUUGAGACUUUUAAAUUCCUCCUAAACUGCAUGGAGAACAACCAGAAAGAUCAACAUGAUGAAAGCUCCUCUGGAAACGCAGGAACUAUUGAAGAGUAAGCGAUUACUCUAAUCUCUGUUAGGGGAUCAGACGACCAGAUCAUGAGAUUGGUUUCAGGUGUAAGAAACUCUCCUUGCUUCGUUUUUUUUUUUUGAAUUUCUUAUGGGAACAAUUACGCAACGUUUUAGUUAGCAAAUUUUCAAACCUGCUGGGAACAAUUUGAUGGUAGAAUCUUGAAAACUUAUUUGGAUUCUCUCGUAUGGCAUAUGACCUGCGUAUGAAGUUCUCAAAAUUCACGCGUUUUUCUAAGUAAAAUCUGUUAGCUUAUUUAAAUGGCAUAUCCUUGAUUUUUUGUGUUUUUU